AUGAGUGAUCUCUUAUCAGCUGAUUGGUUCUUGAAUGGUGCAACAGUAGCUACAGACAACCACGUUAUUCUCACUCCAAGCAUCGCCCAACGAUAUGGUGUCUUCAUGCAUACUAUGCCGAUCGAUACCUCUGACUUCGAAAUCCUAUUCGAUGUCUCAGUAUCUGAAGGCCCUUCUGGUAGUCGUGACUCUGGCUUUGCCCUAUGGUAA